AUGCACGCAGCGGGCAUGGCCAUCGCUGGUGCCGGUGCCGGGAUCAAUGAACUGACAGCACUGGCUGCAACAUCCGAGAUGGCGCCGACUCGAAAGAGAGGAGUCUAUGUGGCAGUCCUUAUCUUUACCAUUCUACCAUUCUGUCCAUCCGUGCUAUGGGCUCAGCUUAUCGCGUACCACAGCCAUUGGCGCUACGUCGGUGCCUUCUGUGCUGCAUGGAGCGCAUUUGGUCUGUUAAUCACGAUUUUGUUUUACUUCCCUCCUCCACGAAUCAACUCAGCUGGCCUGAGCAGAAAGGAGAUAAUUGGACGUAUCGACUUUGUUGGUGGCUUUCUUAGCAUCACUGGCCUGAUUGUCUUCUUGGCCGCGUUGCAAUGGGGUGGAUAUAUGUAUCCGUGGACAUCUGCCCAUGUUUUGGCACCAUUAAUCAUUGGGUUCCUUUUGCUUGUUGCUUUUGGUUUCUGGGAGAUCUACGGAGCCAAAUACCCCAUUUUCCCAUCUCGCCUGAAGCAAGAGCCUCGGAUUCUUGCUCUUACCCUCGUCAUUACUUUCAUCUCUGGUGCCAACUUCUUCUCUGUGCUUAUGUUCUGGCCUACAGAAUCAUUCAAUGUCUACGGCCACGACCCAGUGGACGUUGGUGUUCGUAGUAUCCCGAUUGGCUUUGGAAUCAUGGCGGGAGCAUGUAUUGUGCUUGCCCUGUUAAGCGUUCUCCGCGGGCACAACAAGGAGCUCAUGAUCGCUAGUAGCGUUCUGAUGACUGCAGGAUGCGGUGCUAUGGCUAUUGGCCGCACCGAUAAUAUGUAUCAGCUCUGGGGAAUUCUCAUCCUUGCUGGCCUUGGAAUUGGAGGUAUUGUGGUACCAGCCUCGAUUAUUACUACCAUUAUCUGCCCGGAUGAUCUGAUUGCCACUAUCUCUGCCCUUACCCUCUCUAUUCGCGUGGUAGGCGGUGGUAUCGGCUACACCAUUUACUACAAUGUCUUCAUAUCUAAAUUCAUCCCUGCAGCAACGCACUACAUUGGUGGUGUAAUGAUGACACAGCUUAACAUCACCGACGUCAAACUGAUUACCGAAGCAAUUGAGCUGACAGGUGCCUCGUUGCUACACGAGCUGCACACAAUCCCCGGCAUUGCUGGCAAUGAGACUGCAUAUCAAAUGGUCGUAGGGGCUGGUCAGAUUGCAUAUGCCGAAGCAUAUAAGUGGGUAUACUAUGUCAGUAUUGCAUUCGGUGCCGUCUCCCUCCUGGCGGCCUGUUUCUUGGGCGACAUCCAGAGGUAUAUGACAGACCGUGUUGCUGUGGUAAUGUGA